AUGUUGUACUCAGACAAAGAAAGAACAUUAGCGAUGAAAAGAAAUCACGAAUGUCCUGCAAUUACCUCCAUUUCACUGUACUUUCUCGCUUGGUUGAGUUGUAAGACCAACACUAAACAAAGAGGCGACAAUCUCCCCUGUAGUUUCAUCUUUCAUACUGAAGGGAGGACGUCUUGGUUUUCGUCGCGUAUCGUUUUGGUUUUCCUGUUGUUGAAAUCUUCAGACCACGUCACUGGUAAACAAAGAAGUAAUACUCAAGGGAAUAACACGUGGUUUGCAAGAGUAACACAAUGCGCUCAAUUCGAAAGACUCAAUCCAGUACUACGGUUUGUUGCAUGGUUUAAAUAUUCUGCUUUACUACAUUCCGCUGAAAACGGAAAAGACGCACAUCUGCAAGAGGAACGCACACAGGUACAUCAACCAUAGCGAAGACAGACAUCUUUCACAAGAAUCAAGCACUUUGAUUGGAUGGUGCCCUUGGUCGUCUCCGCGUUUCAUUUGGACGCGUGGUUUAAACAAAUGCAUUGCUAUUAAAGAUAUAAUUGUUUUUUCGUGAAGCAAAUGUUUCUCGGAAAGAAUUCCGAGCAAUGCUGUCACGUCAAGUGUAGUAGUUGUAGACAAGCUGAACUGUUUCUUCAAUCAUGGAUAAUCUAUUUCCAAGCUUGUUUUGGCAAAUCUAUUCUAAAGAUUUAAUGCGAAAAAAAUUUAAGAA